GGGCACCUCCCGCCGCGGCGCAGCUCCCGGGCCAGCUCCGGCUCCCGCGGUGGCGCGGCUCAUGUCCCCGGGCGCGAAGCGUGCAGGUGGGCCGGCCGCCGCUGGGAGGUAGGCCCCCGGGGGUGGCGGCGGCGGGACCAUGGCCCCGAGACACGGGGCGACGGCCGCCUACGGGGAGGAGUUCUCUUUCGUCAGCCCGCUGGUGAAAUACCUGCUCUUCUUCUUCAACAUGCUCUUUUGGGUGAUUUCCAUGGUGAUGGUGGCUGUGGGGGUCUAUGCUCGGCUGAUGAAGCAUGCAGAAGCAGCCUUGGCCUGUCUGGCGGUGGACCCUGCCAUCCUGCUGAUUGUGGUGGGCGUCCUCAUGUUCCUGCUCACCUUCUGUGGCUGCAUUGGCUCCCUCCGUGAGAACAUCUGCCUCCUGCAGACGUUCUCCUUCUGCCUCACCGUGGUGUUCCUGCUACAACUGGCUGCUGGGAUUCUGGGCUUUGUCUUCUCAGACAAGGCUCGGGGUAAGGUGAGUGAGAUCAUCAAUAAUGCCAUCGUUCACUACCGAGAUGACUUGGAUCUGCAGAACCUCAUUGACUUUGGCCAGAAGAAGUUCAGCUGCUGUGGAGGGAUUUCCUACAGGGACUGGUCCCUGAACAUGUACUUCAAUUGUUCGGAUGACAACCCCAGCCGUGAGCGCUGCUCUGUGCCUUACUCCUGUUGCCUGCCCACCCCUGACCAGGCAGUGAUAAACACCAUGUGUGGCCAAGGUAUGCAGGCCCUCGACUACUUGGAAGCUAGUAAAGUCAUCUACACCAAUGGCUGUAUUGACAAGCUGGUCAACUGGAUACACAGCAACCUCUUCUUACUUGGCGGUGUGGCACUGGGCUUGGCCAUCCCCCAGCUCGUGGGAAUCCUGCUGUCCCAGAUCUUGGUGAAUCAGAUCAAAGAUCAGAUCAAGCUACAGCUCUACAACCAGCAGCACCGGGCUGACCCAUGGUACUGAGAAUCUAUCGUGCACUUCCUCACCAUGGCGUCAGGCCUCAUCAACCAACAGCAGCGGGUACUGCUUUCAGCAUCAAAUGGAGAUCCUGAUUCCAGCCCCCCAGUGACAGCCUCAGGGGGGAAGAAGCAAACUCAAGAUGGGCAGAAGGCAGGGUCCACUUGAGGUGGCAAGUCUCAGGAUAUGUCCCUCUCCCCUAUCCUAGAGUUAUUUUUUUUCUAACCUUAAGCAUUUGGGUUUAUGUUUUUCUAAGUUUUGUUUGGGCAGAGGUGUUUGGGAAACAGCAGCUGCACAGAGAAUUAUGGGAGUACUAACUGCUUCUUUCUCACCGAGGCACUGCAACUGACAGCUCUAUUAGGGCUGCUACUGAGAUGGGAGGACAUUCUCUGAUUCCAACUGUUGUCAGCCAGACCUGGCUGUGGAGAGUAGACACCAGCAGCCCUUGCCUGGAGUCCAGUUGGCUCACUACCAACUCCAGAAGGAAAGGGAGUGGAGAGGGCAGUAAGCUUGUGUGUCUGCUGGGAACAGUAGUAUGUGCUGGUAGGAGUGGAAGGGGAUAUGUUUACCAAAUGCUGCUUUGCCAUACCCCCCACCCCCUAGUCACAGGGAGCUACAUCCUGCCCCUCCCAGAUUUCCAUGGAAACAUGGCAGCCAGGGCAAGGGGUACAACAGCAGCCAAAUUCAUCUCCCCACCCCCCUUUCUGAAAAAAGUUUGGAACCAUGGUCUGUAUACUCUGCAGCCAGCAGGAGUGGGACUGAGCCAUACAUACUCUUGAAUUCCUCCCGUCUGGCUCUCCUUCUCUACCAAGUGGGGUUUUCUCUAACCUUGGCAUAUGCAGAGGAAGAGAGGUACACACACGCACACAUCACCCUGCGCCAGAGCUCAGUAUUUCUACUCUGUAAGAAGCAAGAAUCUUGCUGGGGCUGGGGGAGCCAGAAGCGGCAAUAAAAGUUUGUUGAUCUGGGCUAA